GUCCCUCACUUAUCUUCCGUCAGUUCAAAACCUGAGUGGACAUCUAACCUGUUAGACAAAAGUAGCACAAUGCCUCGUUUUACUGUACAUGUACGCGAUGAGUGGCUGACUGUGCCCUGUAAGGAUACGUCCUGCAGUAUACAGUGGUUAGGAGUGGAGGCUCUCAAGCGCUAUGUCAAGAACAAGCCUGAUAAUGGAGGGUUCACUCAUGUCAAAGAUGUGUGCUUUGUGGCCAGGAGGUGUCAGGGGCAAGGACUGUUGGAUGCUGAUGAUACGAUAGAGGACGUCUUGGAAGACAAUGACUUUGUUGAGCUUGAGAUAAAAGGAGACACCAUGUCUUCUGACUUUAUUCCUAGCCAACCUGGAAUGUCAUAUCUAACAAGAGCCUACAGAGAACCAGAGGAGUACCUUUUCCUAGAUGGCAACAGUCUGAAUUCCACUGAUCUAGUCAACCUAGGAAGAGGCCAUUACAAGAUUAAGUUGACCCCUGAGGCUGAGAGAAAAGUAGAGCAGUCCAGAGAACUUCUAGACACCAUAGUGAAAGAAAAAAAAGUUGUGUAUGGGAUCACCACUGGAUUUGGGAAGUUCGCUCGGACCGUCAUCCCCAUCAGCAAACUCAAGGAACUACAGGAGAAUCUUAUUCGCUCACACUCAGCAGGUGUGGGCAGCCCUCUGAGCCCUGAGAGGACCCGCAUGUUGCUGGCCCUCAGAAUAAAUGUCCUGGCUAAAGGACACAGCGGGAUCUCUCUGGAAACCCUGCACAGUAUGAUACAGGCUUUCAACGCGUCCUGUUUGUCUUUCGUUCCUGAGAAGGGAACAGUGGGUGCCAGUGGAGACCUCGCUCCUCUCUCACACUUAGCUCUGGGGCUGAUGGGAGAAGGGAAAAUGUGGUCACCUAAGAGUGGGUGGGCCGAUGCAAAAUAUGUUCUGGAAGCACACGGACUAAAGCCUAUAUCACUGAAACCAAAAGAGGGUUUGGCUCUGAUUAAUGGGACUCAGAUGAUCACCUCAAUGGGAGCAGAGGCUGUAGAGAGAGCAGAGUCCAUCGCCAGACAGGCCGAUAUCAUUGCUGCACUCACUCUAGAAGUCCUAAAGGGGACCACGAAAGCAUUUGACAGUGACAUCCAUGAGCUGCGCCCCCACCCAGGACAGAAAGAGGUGGCCUUGCGUUUCCGUGCUCUUCUGGACUCUGAUCAUCACCCUUCUGAGAUUGCAGAAAGCCAUAGGUUUUGCGACCGUGUCCAGGAUGCCUACACCAUGCGUUGCUGUCCCCAGGUCCAUGGCAUCGUCAAUGAUACGAUUGCUUUUGUGAGAAAUAUCAUAAAUACAGAAAUUAACAGUGCUACAGAUAAUCCUAUGGUCUUUGCAGAAAGGGGAGAGACCAUUUCAGGUGGAAACUUCCAUGGAGAAUAUCCAGCAAAGGCACUCGAUUAUUUGUCCAUAGGAGUUCAUGAAUUGGCGUCCAUCAGCGAGAGGCGUAUCGAGCGUCUGUGCAACCCAUCUCUCAGUGAGCUACCUGCUUUCCUGGUUAAUGAAGGGGGGCUGAACUCAGGCUUUAUGAUUGCACACUGCACUGCAGCAGCUCUCGUUUCUGAAAAUAAGGUGCUGUGCCACCCGUCCUCAGUGGACUCACUAUCCACCAGUGCGGCCACUGAAGAUCAUGUGUCCAUGGGAGGAUGGGCUGCCAGGAAGGCUCUAAGAGUGAUCGAACAUGUGGAGCAAGUGCUGGCUAUUGAAAUGCUAGCGGCUUGUCAGGGUAUUGAGUUUCUCCGCCCACUCCAUACCACAACGCCUUUGGAGAAGGUGUAUGACCUUGUUCGGUCUGUGGUCAAGCCCUGGAUAAAAGACAGGUUUAUGGCUGCAGACAUUGAGACUGCCCAUCGUCUUCUCAUAGAACAGAAGGUGUGGAACGUUGCUAAGCCAUACAUCGAGAAGUACUGUACAGAGCACUUCCCCGAAUCACGUCCAUCCUCCCCGACUGCAUUUUCUCUGGAGUCACCACCAUCUCCGCAGAAACGAGUCCGACUGGAGUGACAGAGACGCUGCACGCUGAGAAGAUAUUUGAUAUUAACCAUCCUUAUUUACACAAUGCUGAUAAAGGUCUUUAUUAGCAUAUGUACCAAUGUGCUGCAUACAACUGAUUGUACUAGGUACUAGGUCUCAAAUGUAAAAUUUUUUCUCCUGUAACUGUAAACAAUACACUCGUUCCACAACCAUUGUGUCCAUGAAUGAAAUAAUUUGCUUAUCACCACCGCUAAUGUUUUAGCUUAUGAAAAAAAAACACAGUGAAGUUGUCAAGUUCUGAAAACAGAAAAAAAUUAAUAAAAAGUAUUAUUUAAAAAAAAUUAUAUACAUACAUACAUAUACACUGAAAUGCAAAACCAUUUGGAAGAAAUGUUAGAUCAUCAUGCAGAAGUAGGUUCAAAGGAACAGAGAAAAAGUUCAGGGUGUGUAGUAAUGCUACAAAUAUAGAUUUCAAUUCUCUAUGUUACAGCAAGAGAAACAGAUAUGAGAAGUUUUUAAUUUUUUUUCUUUUUGGAGUACAGCACUGUGUUUGGUCUCUAAAACAUCUGGCUCAUCUGACAUCAGUUUCCUGUUUUUUCUGGCUGAAUUUGCUGCAGCCUCAUCCCCACAUCUGCUUCUCUUCUUGUCAUCUUCUACUGAUUGCUGUUUUAUUACCACUCCCUCAUUAUUAACACCUAUCAGGGAGUGUUCAUAAAAUUACCUUACUAAUUUAUGAAUGUCUGGACAUUACAUGUUUUUUUUUUUUAAAUCUAAUCUGAAUUUAAGUUACAUUUUUUAAUUACAUGCAUCCUAGAAAUUCAUGUAAAAUUUGAAAGGACGUCCAUUUAGUUGGUGUUUAUGGCUCCUAUAAUUACCAGUGAUGUUGUGUGUAGUGUAAAAGAAAGGGAGUCUGCUAUAAUGAUACACACAGCAGAGACGGCAUGUCAGACGCAGCUGCUCUGUUCGUCUUAGGGAUGCUGAUCAGCACAACAGCCCCUCCUUCCUUAUGUCAAUUUCUCUCCAAAGAACAGGACACAAGAAACGGAGGAUUGUUUUAAGAAAAUAACGGUUUGAGUCUGUUGUUUGCCUUGCUGAGAAAAACACUACUUCAUAAGGAUAUUGGAAAAUACUCAAAUACUCAAUCAAGUAAGUUUCCAACAGAACCAUUCUAUAGUUUUUUUGUUUUGUUUUGUUUUUUUUACAUUCGUCUCAAAUGUCCACUGUAAUUGUUUAACAUGUCAAAUUUGCUAUCUAUCUAUUGUAAUGAAAUGCCUUGAAUCCACUCUGUUCAUAGUUGUGUAUUCAUCUUGCAUCAACACCAAUAAAAUGGCUUAAUGAACAAUAAA